AUGUAUCGCAGGUUUCAAACUGCCUUGGAGCUUGCGAAAAAAAAAGGUAGUAGCUUUUUAUUCUUGGUCCUCAUAGAAAUCAUGAGAUCAGUUGGGGGAAGAUUCCACGAGAGCACCUCCGAGAUUCUCGAUUUUAUACAGCUGAUCACAAAUGAAUGCGAUUUAAUGCCAACAGACGAUAUUGGUCUCUGGUGGAAGCCCUUCUCUUAUGCGCUUUUACAUCCUGAUCAGGAAUCAUUGGCAUUCGUUGUCGGGACUGAACUCGAAAUACGGUCGGAAUGGCCUUUAAAGUUCGAAUGUUUUGUCUCAGAAAUAGAAUCAGUCCUCCUUGCAGUUGCCAUAAGCAUGGACUCAAUGGAAAGAUUUCAACUCUUGUUCUAUCAUAUUCAAAGCUUCGGUUGCCCCGAUUACAGCCUCAUCUCAUCUCUGGCAGCUUUCGCACGAUGUGAUAACGAAGCGAAACUUCGCUUUGUUCUAAAGCGAGCGGUGGCUCACGGUUUUACUGAAACAGAUAUGUGCAAUCACAUCACAAAUGAAGUACUUAUGAGAAGAGAUGAGAUGGUUUUGAAAUUACUCCUUGACAUUGGCGUGCAUCCUGAUCUCUCCUUCUACGAACCAAGGUUGUUGAAAACAGAUAGCAGCAGAAGUCUUCUUCAGCAAGCAGUGUACAUGAGAUGGAGAGCCGGUAUAUCUGUAUUGAUAGGAUGGGGGGCAGAUGUGAAUUAUUGUGUGGGUGAUCUAUUUUAUAUUACAUCAUACGCUCGUUAUAGCCCCUUGAAAAUUCUGAUGGACGGCACAAAAGACCUCCAUAUACCACCUGGUUGCGAUAGUAGCGAGAAUGAUUCUUUGAUCGAAGAGCUUCUUGUGACUGGAGGAGCUAGGGUAUGUGAAUACGACUGGAAAGUAUUUUCUCGUGGAUCUACCGAUGGGGGUAUAUAUGAAGGUUCUGACAUUGAGAUGGAUGAAUAUGUAAUAGAAGGUGCUAAAACUAUGGGCGAUAAUGACUGUGACGACGGAGGAACAGAUGAUUCGAAUCUGAAGAUAAAUGAUGACAAGACAAGCACUUGCUCACCUUCCACUUCAUAA